AUGCUCAACGAAUUGAACGAAGCAGAGAAGAAAAUAGGACUGCGAAUAAAGAGAAAGAAGGCACAGAUCAAGAAGAACGCCUACUGCGAAGACAGAGAAGUAGAACUCGAAGGUUCCCAAAUCGUGGAAACUUCGUCGUACGUAUACCUCGGGCGUUCCAUGGAAAACGACUUGAAGGAAGAACUGAAUAGAAGAAUGAGAGCAGCAUGA